AUGGACUCUCUCAAGACGUUGCUCCUUGCCUCUUGCUCGCUCCUUGCGUUGACACGUUCCGUCGCCAGGACUCUGGAGGCGGUCAAGAGCGGCGGGCCGGCAGGAGAGAUCUUUGUGCGAACUUCGUUGGAGACAGUGCUGACGUCGCUUGGGUUCAAGAUUGACGUUGCGGAUCACGAUAUGUCGUUUGCAGCGUACAGCAAUCAGGCACUGGGCGCCAAGUGUAACUACUAUCGAUUUGUUCCAAGUGAAAUGGGACAUUGUUUGUUGUCUGCCUGCGGCACGUUGGCUUUGUUUGAAGACUUUCUUCAUAAUGGACCCAUGGACAUGGAUAGAGAGAGCGCCAAGUGGCAUGCGGAUGGUGCAGCUUUACAGAGCUCGGCCGAUCCUGGCGGGGAGAGGGAGCAGCGCCUGUCUGCAUUUCCAACCAACUUCGGCGGGUCUUUCCUCGGCUUCUUCUAUUCCAACCAGACGCUCAGCAAGGCAAUGGAGGCCUCCAAGAAGCGGGUCGUGGUAAUGAAUGAGACUGCAGGCAAUGCUUCAUCCACAGACGGGCAGCAGCUGCGAGGAGUGGUUUGGGGGAAGAAACCAGAAUACUUGGAGAAAGGACAAGGAAUCAUAUCGGCUGUUCUUGAGAAAUGCGAGCUGGUGUCCUUCUUGCCGCAAAUGGGCCUCGGUGAUCCUCUCUCGGGGCCUUCAGCGUUAGACGCCAUGAUGGUUGGAGCGAUGUACCUCAACCCUUCCUUCCCAAACAAGAACAGCGACUACCCGGAAGAGCUCAAGAGCUUCUACACCUCUCAGCAUCCCUACAUGGCAGAGCAUGGGGGCGCUUAUGUCUGCUCCUUCAACAUGAUCUCUAGGAGCGAGCCCGACCAGGCGCAGCUCUACCAGUGCGUGGAAAGAGCGUUGAGGUCCAAACUCGAGCCGCAGAUCCCCCGACACUUCACGAGGGAGGAGUACGAGAGCAGAGUCCGCAGCAUCUUCGCUCGCUACCUCUGA